ACCUCCUACCAAUUUGCUAUUUGCCACAUACCAACCCUUUGAUCCUUCCUUGCCCCUCUUCACUCACACACCCUUCGAAUCCUCUUACAAAUUCAUCACCAAGAUCCAAUUCCCCCCGAUUCCUCCACCACCAUGGCAGACACAACAGCACCACCGGGGCAACCCUCAACACCAUCACAACCAUCUGUAUACAUACACCCACGACGGGAGCCCUUCGAGCAUGGCCUCAUCCCUUUGCCGAAACUCAUUUUCACCGAUGGUUCACAAACCCUAACCUCCCUCCGUGACAAAUUGCUACAAUUUCCUUCUACCAACAAUCAACACCAUCGAAUUAACUCCGCCGUUGUUUCUGAAUCCCUACAGAUCUCCCCCGAACACGCCCGCCUUGUCCUUGACAUAAUUGCGUCCGUUCUUCACUCUGAUUCGGACCCGCUCGUUUCCGCGAAGCCGGAUGAGGUUGAUGCCGUUGGUGUCAAUGUGUAUGAUCUGAUCAUUUUCUUGUACAUACAGUCGUACAAGCGGUUGCUUCCUAGAGGACAUAAGGAUUCUGCUGCGGUUGCGGAUGUUUGGCCAUCUACUUCGGCUUUUGAUGGCUUUUUAUCGGCGCUUACGCCGUUACAGCUUGUUCGCAGCAAUAGCAGAAGGUCAAUGCCAUCACAAGCUGAUGAAGAAGCUCAUCAGUUAAAUUACUUACAGAAACAUUUAGGCAACAUAAUCUCUCUUCUGUCUGACUCUGUUGAAGGUGAAAGCGAAGGAGAAGAUUCAAUGGUUUUGUCAAUGGAGAAAUUUGAGCAUCUUGGGUUUCUUCUCUACUUUGGUGAAAAAGGAUUUGAGAAGCUUCCCUUGAGCCAAAACGCGCCUUUUUUUGCAAAUUCAGACCCUGAUAUGCCAGCUGCCCCUGUUCCUGCAUCUCAAGUUCAUGAUUGGAUUCUACAAAACAUUUCUGAUGCUUUAGAGCGUAUCUCUGAAAGAGCUGCUGCAAAAGAGAAUGGUCAAACCAGUCCCUCUGACCAAGAUGUUCUCAUGACUGAUGCUUCACCUAACUUCAAGUCAUCCACAAGUGCUAAAGGUCCAAGUUUUAUAGAGGGAAUUUCCAAACAAUCAUAUGUAAAACAAGCAUCUGAAAUCAAUGGAUCUUUUGUCAAGGUUGUAAAUUGCCAUGAAUCUGUUAUCUAUGUCUUGGCUCCCUUGAAAUAUGCCACCAUAUAUGGUUGCUCUGAUGCCACUAUAGUUCUUGGCCCUGUUGGAAAGGCUGUAAGAAUUGAACACUGUGAGAGAGUUCAUGUGAUUUCAGCAGCAAAACGAAUCUGUAUUGCUAAUUGUCGUGAAUGUGUAUUCUUUUUGGGAGUAAAUCAACAACCACUUAUUGUUGGUGACAACCAUAAACUACAGGUGGCACCAUACAAUACGUUUUAUCCACAAUUAGAAGAACACAUGAAGGAAGUUGGAAUUGAGGCGACUCCCAACAGAUGGGGUGAGCCCGUUGCAUUGGGCCUGAUUGAUCCACAUGAUUCUCUCUCUCAUCCUGCUGGUGGGUCCGAUUGUCAAGCUGAGUCAGCAACUCAUUUAGACCCCGAUCAGUUUACUAAUUUCUUGAUACCAAACUGGUUAGAAGGUCAAGCAUCUGGACCCACAAAAGAUAAUCCGUUUCCACUGCCGGAUGUUUAUAUGACAUGUCAGCGAAGAAACGAAAAUAAUUUGGUGGAGGUUAAGCAGAUACUGAGAGAAGCACCACUGGAAGAUAGUAGGAAAAAAGAGUUGUCAAAUGCGCUUCAUGUGUACUUUAAAGACUGGUUAUAUGCCUCGGGGAAUAUUAGACAGCUAUAUUGUCUGCAAGAACCACUUGCACUGAGACAAGAGCGUCAGCCGGCGGAAUUCAAUCCCAGAAAAAUGCAGAAUCCAGACGACGUUCGGAACCUGCCGAUCGACAUCGCUUUCGCCCGUCUUGGUGAAUGGCUGGUUGAUCGGAAGAGAAUACCAUCGGAUUGGAGAAAACGUGUUGCAGUAGUCAAAGCCAAGAUUUCUGCCGCCUUUCAGUCUCUUCCUAAAGAAGUUGAUCCUUUCUUCCAAACCCUAGACCUAGAUGGGAUUGGAUACUUGGAGGCUAAGAAAAUAUAUGAUAUACUUCUGAAAUCAACUCCAGAAAGCCGCAACAUUUUUGGCAGGCUUUCAGGUGAUGCUGGUGCUUGGGAAGCAAUUGUCCGUGCUUUUGAGAAGGACCAUAUCUACCUUGGGGAGGCAGCUCAAAUCAUGGUCCAAAAUGUAAAUUAUGAGAUCCCAUAUCAGAAAAAGCUUGUACAAAGGACCCAACAACAACUUGCUGAGCUGGAACGAAAGGAAGCUGAUAUCAAAAGGAAUGCUGCUCUCUCAGCUGCUAAGUAUGCAGAAGCCUGCCAUGAGUUAGGAUUGCAGGGAAUCAAUGUGAAGCUGGAACUACUAGAAACUGCAACAACUUCAUUGCCUGACACAUUUAGCAAAAUGCUUCAAGUUUUGAACUGUGAUUCCGUUUCACAAGCAAUUGAAUUCUAUUCCAAUUUUGUUAAAGAUGCUCACACAGAAAAGGAUAAAGUUGCUGAGACUGUAUUGCCAAAUCUAAGGGACAUCAUUGACAACCCUCCACCUCUUGAAGUUUCUGCAGCUUCUGAAGUGUUGGCUUUUGUUAAUGCUGAAAGAAGUUCUAACAAUGAGAUGAGUUUUGAAGGUGAUGCUACAGGUGAUAGUAUUGAUUGGGAUAUUACUUUGGAUAGCUCACAGAUUGAUUGGGAUAUUGGGACUGUGGAGGAUUCGGGUGAUGGAUUUGGUGCCUAUGAAAUUGUUGAUGCCAGUGAGAUUCCGGGAAGUUCUUUAAAAGAUGGAAUGGAAUCUGAUGAGACUGAUAAAGAAAAAAUGGUAUCAGAAAUCUCUUGGGAUAUUGGUGUUGAGAAUCUUGAAGAUGAAUCAACUCAAAAUAGUGGCUUGAUAGAUGUAAUGGCAUCAGGGAUGAAUGUUUUAAAUCAAAGUCAAGGGAUCAAAGACAGGAGUCGGCUUCUGGAGACAGAGUACAGGAGUAGGAUUCUUGAUGAUCUGUUUGAGAUUAAAGCGUUUCUGAAUCAAAGAAUCAUGGAAUUAACAAAUACAGAGACAUUGUCAUUACAACAUCAAGUUCAAGCAGUGGCUCCAUUUGUGUUACAACAGUACACUUCUGAUGCUAUCCAGUCAAUGUUAUCAGAUGUCUCUUCAGCCAUUUCUUUGCUCACAAAUAAGAAAACAAGGGACCUCAUUAUGAUUCUCAACUCUAAAAGAUUUCUUGAAAGAUUAGUGAGUACGCUUGAAGAAAAAAAGCAUCAUGAAUCGAAAUUGAAAGAGGGUUUAAAAGAUUUAGCUAUCAAACGCAUGGAACUUCAAAAUUCAUUGUCCUCAGUUUGGCCUAAGCAAGAAGCAGCAGUUGCAAAAACCAGGGAGUUGAAGAAGGUUUGUGAGACUACACUUUCAUCCAUGUUUGAUGGAAGGCCUGUAAAGAUUAUUGGAGAGAUCAACAGCAUGUUGAGUAUCGCGGGUGCCUGAAAUGAUAUAGUAUUUAUCGUCAUGUUCUUAAAACAGUUAAGACUUAAGACACAUAGUUUUUACUUUUUAUAGGUAAAUUCUAUUUAGUAUGAAUUAGAAUGCAUC